AUUGCAUUUGUUUUUGUUCCGCAUUUCCGCAAUAUUUUUUUGAAUUUUGUUGAAAAAAGUGAGUGCCGUACCUUGGAGUAGAUAGCGUUAAAGUUCACUUGUUUUUAUUAAAUUAAACCCAAGGGCAAGUGAACUAUGCCCAAACGCAGAAGAUUAUUAACUCCUUCAAAAAAUAAAGCUAGACUAAAUGUUAUCAAGGAGGAGAACGAUUUUAGAAUUAGCGAUGUUGGUGACAAAGAGGUGUCGGCUGCAAGAGGCCGGCUCAAGGGAGCUCUUAUGGAUGUUCUUGACCCCGUAGGUGAAGAGUCUGACACAUCUGUCGAACCUAGUCCUAUCAAAAAGGAAAGGUACAACAAUCAUGACUUUAACCGAGAAUCAGAAGAAGAGAAGGAGUCUAGGAGAAGAUCACCGCCACGCCAGUCUUAUGUAUUGAAGCUGUUCGACAGAAGCGUUGAUUUAUCGCAGUUUGAUGAAAACUCCCCACUGUACCCCAUAUGCAGGGCGUGGAUGAUAAAUCAACCUAAAGCGAACUACAAAGAAUAUGGGCAACCAAAUGAAGAGCCAAAAAUAACAGAAGAGAGUAUAGAACUACCAGGACCUGAAGGUCCACCAGUGAGCAAAAUACCAGAGUUGCUGCCAGAACAGAGAGAUAGAAGCAAAGAAAAUAUCAAUUUAAAUUAUCGUGAAGCCCCGCCACCCAGCCGCGAAUCCCUACUCCGCGGGCACGCGGCGCGCUGGGUAGCGGUGCGCCAGGCCUGGCUCGACCGCGCGCUACUUGUGGAGGCGCGGUACCAAGCCACGCAGCACGCGCUCAACAAGAUCAACGUCACCACCCUGUAGUACAACACCCGAGUUACCUUGGUCGAAACAAGACUCGCACACACGCAAUUUCGAUUCAUAUUUUACAGUAUUUCAUAGUUUU